GUGCAUUUGCGAAGAGUCUAGGAGCGUCCAGACACAUUGCGUACACAGACUUAAGUUUGGAGUUUAGUUUGAACUUGAACUUCCACGGUCUCCAGUUACCGAGUGGUUGAUAAUGCUCAACGAAGAGGAAAGAGAAAAAGAGAAAUAGAAAGCUGGACUGGAUGUGACUCAAUUAUGCUUUCAACCAUAAUUUAGAGACUGGGGAAUACGCUCCUUCGGGCUGCGGUGGAUAUAUGGUUGACUCAAGAACCCAUAACAUUUGUGUUAUAUUUGCUUCGGGGGAGCUCACUCAUAACUAUUGGGAUGGAGAGCCACAUGUUGUUGACAUGGAUGCUGUUGUGUAUGCUCCUGCGGCAGUCGGCUCCACAGAACCCCCUACCUGAAGAAGUGCUGAACUGCUGCGAGGGUGACGUCCUCUUCUUAUUGGAUUCCUCUGGAAGUGUGUCGGCCUAUGAGCACUCCCGCAUGCUCACCUUCCUGUCUGAGCUCCUCCUCCCAUUUUCGCUGGGAGAGGACCAGGUGAGGGUAGGACUUCUGCAGGUGGGCACCCAACCACGCCUCGAGUUUGGCUUCGCCACCCAUAGCUCCCAAAGUAGCCUCCAGAGGGCUUUGGAGAACACCAAACCUCUCAGGGGGGACACCAACACAGUGGAUGCGCUGAAAAUGGCAAAAGAGCGGGUGCUGAGUCCUGGAACAGCAGACGGGGCCCGGCCAGGGCUCCCUAGGGUGCUGGUGUGGUUGACUGAUGGGGUGAAACCAGGUGAUGUGAUUGGACCAAUGGUUGAGCUGCAGGAGGAAGGCGUGGCUGUGCUGGUGGUCUCCACUGGGCACGGCAACUACCAGGUGUUGAGGCAAGUGGUGACUCCGCCUGCGGAAAGCCACCUGUACUUUGUGGACAUCGACGAUAUGAGUAUCAUCCUGGAGGACCUGCGGGAUGCCAUCAUUGCAAUUAUCCGAGCUGAGCGAAUCAACAUCCGUGACGUCUCCACUAACUCUGCCACGCUCCAGUGGCGACCCGUUCUGUCCGGUUUGGCGGGGUACUACGAGAUCCGCUUUGGUCCACUUCCGACAGGAGGAGGUGGUGGAGGAGGCGGAACUGGGACCAGUCCGAGCACCGGCGGUAGUGAUUUCCAGAGACUAACCCAAUCUGCAGAUUCCAGCACUGCCAGGCUAACCGGCCUGAAACCUGAUACUACAUAUACCGCCACGCUGACCCCGAAGUUCAAUGAACAAGUGUUUAACAAACUCUCUGUCACCUUCAAAACAAAGCCAGAGGUGCUGAGCCCAGCUGUGGUAACAGUCUCUGAGUCGGGGCAAACCAGCGUUCGGGUGAGUUGGGGUCCUCCUCAGCCGGAGACGGUCGCAAGUUACUACAUUGAGUACUCAGCCCUGCCCAGGGGCAAGCUUCACGCUGUCACCGUGGGCCGAACGCAAAAUUCCACGCUCCUCACGAACCUCCAACCAGAUACGACUUACUUGGUCACCGUUAGUGCCCGGCACACCUCGGGCACAGAGAAGGCCAUGUCUGUCAAAGUGUGUACUGAGGAAGUGACUCCAGCCCUGGCAGAUCUCCAGCUGACCACAGUAGGUAGUGACUCAGUGCAGGUGGAUUGGAAGAGCAGCGUAGGCGGUCUGAGGGGCUACUGGCUCACCUGGGAGGCACAGCAAAGCUCUGUCACUGGCCAGCGCUCCUCCCUCUAUUUGCCCCCAGACUCUCUGUCAACGCGUCUCACACACCUACCCCCAGCAACUAGAGUGUGUGUGUCACCCAUUUACAGGACGACGCGAGGAGAGGGUCUGUGUUGCACGGCACAGUUCCAUUCAGAUGCAUUAUCAUAUGGCUUUCAAUCAUAGCACCCCUGAGCUGCAAGUGCACCUUGCCAUACAUGGAGGGACAAUGUAAAGAAGAAUGCUGACUUUCAUCCAUAAUUCUUUUCCAUGCCUCUCCCCUCUGUGGAUAUCAUCAAGGAGAGUUCCGUGAUUUGGCUUACUGAGCACUCAUGUGGAAGCCAUAGACACUUAAGACUGUUCUAGGACAAUAUGGCCACAUGUUAACUGCUUCAAUCUGCAACACAUAGCACUAUUUGCAUUUCCACUUCUUUUGUCUCAUCUGGUUUACACUUGUAGUAAAUGUAUAAUGUUUCAGUUUAGAGAUGCAAGAGUGAGAUAAAGAUAUUUCUUGGGUAAGUUCUGCAGUUACAGAGCAGGGCAUACUGGGAAUGUUGGCUGUUUUAUGUGGCUUGUUUUGGAGAAGGGCUUUGCACCAUAUGUGGGCCUCAUUUCCAGUUUCACUUUUUUUUAAACCUUGCUAACACACUGAAAAUCUGAUUUGCAUUUAUAAUGAAUACUUAUGAGCUGUACUUAAAUCACUUCUCUUUCAGCACAUGCUUGAAACAUGCAGACUGAAGUGCAACAAGGGAACGUUAUCUUAAGGUCUCUAAUAACAGGACUUUCAGGAUUGCUUUGAACUUGAAAGAAAUUACAGACCGACCUGCCACAUGCCCUGAAACUACGGAGAUGCUGCAUUUGAAACACAUGUGUAACAGAGUCUUCUUGUUUUGGUCUCUGGACAUCCAUUAUUCAUAUUUAUUAAUCAAAACUCAUCUAAGUAUGAUAAUUAAUAGCGGACUGUAUUUCCAGACAUGCGGUUUACACACUAAGACUGUUACCUUCUUUUUAGUGAGUCUCUGCUGACCCCUACUGAAAGGAUCCUGACAGGCUUACAGCUGGUCUUUACUGUUAUCCUCUCAGAGCAAAUGUAUGGUUUAAUGUAUGUUAAAAACUAUUGAAAUUUAACAUGAGCUUGCAAUAAAGUCUUUUAAUAAUUUUG